AAACAAAGUGUGCGCUCGGGUGAGCGUGUAGUGGGGGCUGGUCCCGGUUCUGGUCCUGUUUCCUCCAACUAAACUUUUCUGGGACCAUGGACGUUGUCCUGCAACCAAAUGUCCAUGCGACCAUCGUUAAAGGGCCGGCUCUGCCGGCGCCGCAGCGCUGCAGCACGUGCUGCCCCACCGGCCUCUACCAUUGUCCCUUCUGCUCGCCGCUCUCCUACAAACCCACCAAGCGCUCCAAGCUCAAGCAUCACCUGGAGGUUCAUCGAAGAAGAGCGUGUCGUAUUGGAGAAUAUGUCGUCUACCGAUGUGGACACGGGUGCAGGAGAAAUCUGCAUUUCCAUUGUUUGUACUGCCCAGCCACGGUGAUGAGGAGAAGAGAUUUCAUCAUUCACGUUCCCUUCUGCCGAGAGAUGCAAGAGAAAAGGAUGUCCAAACAAGGGGAUCAAGAAGAAUUUCCACAAACAAACAGUCAUUCAUUGUUCAUAGACAGCAGUAAUAACAGUGAUAGUGAUGAAAUGGCCAACCUCACUGAUUCCCAGGAUGAAGAGAGCAGCAGUCGUUCUGUGACUCACUUCGUCUACAGGUCAAACGACUGUGACGUCACGGGGAGUAUGAAGACUGAAGAGCCAAACUCCUCAAAAUGUGAUCAAAUGGUACAGACAGACGCUGAAAAACCUCGUGAUUGUGAUGAGUAUUACUUUAUGAACCUUGUGAAAGUCUUUAAAAGGUUAAUUCCACAGAAGCAGGCAGAAGUCAGGAUAAAAAUGGAGAGGAUCCUCUUUGAAGCUGAGCUUGGGUAGAGGUACACUGCUGUCCGUGUCUCAAUGUUUGGGUUUAGGUUGUAACUUUUAGAGAUGAGGAUACAUUUGUUGUUGCAGUUUCACAGAAAUGGAAGAAAAAAAAACAACCGUCUGAAAUAUCCUCAAUCUGACAGAUGGUAUGCAUUUUUUUUUCUAUGGUUAGACUUUAGCUUU